CCAUUAUUUUUUGCUUCGACGGCUUUCGAAAUUUUAGGGUUCUGAAUUUUAUCUCUUCCGUUGAACUGAAUUUCGUUUCGUCUCCUCGAGCACUUGGAGCCUCUCUGGGCUUAAAUCCUCUCACUCCAGCACUUUUAGGCCCUGUUUUUGAAAUCACAUAUGCGAUGAAGAAGGAUGUGUGCAUUGUUCACAAUUAUUGUCUCUGAAGUGGCUUAAAUCCCUCUCUCAGUCUGCACUUUCAAGCCCUAUUUGAAUCGUAUUUAUGAUGAAGGAUGUCUGCGUUGUUCACGAUUCUCGUCUCUGAAGUGUGAAACUGUAUGCAGGGAAUCUAGAAUUUUUCUUAGCUGAUUUGGGAGGUUUAUCGCUGCAAUGGAUUGCAACAAAGAAGAGGCUACAAGGGCGAAAAUUUUAGCAGAGGAAAAGAUGAGGGCUAGUGAUUUCGUUGGAGCUCAUAAACUGGUCAUGAAGGCUCAGAGGCUCUUCCCCGAAUUGGAAGACAUACAGAAGAUGAUAACCGUGUGUGAUGUGCAUUCCUCUGCUGAUAAGAAAAUCAAGGGGCUUGACGAUUGGUAUGGUAUCCUUCAGGUUCAGCCUUCUGCUGAUUUCGACAUAAUCAAGAAGCAAUAUAGAAAGCUUUGCCUGAUUCUCCAUCCGGAUAAGAACAAGUUUCCUGGUGCUGAAGCUGCUUUCAAGUUUGUUGCGGAAGCAAACAGAUGGCUCUCUGAUCAGAUCAAACGGUCUCAGUAUGAUAUCAGAUACAGAUCACAUUCACUCGUUGCCAGCAGGCAGUCGAAUGCUAGCUCUCGUUGCAACUCUUCAUCUGCAGAUGCUGCUGCAAUGAAUGUUGCUAGUGGAUUAACGUUUUGGACGUGUUGCAGAAACUGUGGCCACAGGUAUAAAUACUUGAAAGUUUAUAUCAACCAACUCAUGCACUGUUCCUCUUGUCAGAGAUCUUACACUGCCUGCAACAUCGGGUCUGAUGAGGUGCCAUUUAGUAGUUCAACAGCUGGUGCAAAUCAAGAGAUGAAUAAUACAUCUCGGCAGCAUCCUUCUACAGGAGCAGAAUCAGGAAGUUCAUCAGCUGGGAAGGCUAAGAAUGGGACAGUCGGAAAGAAACUCAACAAGAGGAGUCAGAAAAAACAGAAAAAACAGAAAAGAGAGGCUGGUGACAAGAAACCAAAGAAAGAUGAGGGUCGUACAGAGAAAGACCUUGAAGAAGCAGGAUGCCAGAAAGUUGCUGAAAUACCUAAACCUGAAGAAAAAGAACCGCAGACUAGUGCUGGAGAGUUAAAACCUGAUUUAUCAGCUCCAAAGAUGGAUCAGACAGCCAAAAAGAGGAGAAUAGCUGUUGAGGCUUCCUCUAUGAGUUUUGAAGCUGAUGGCUCUGAUGCUGCUGUGGAUAAAACAGAUUCGGAUGAAUGUAAUAAGAGGAAGUUCUCAAAGAGGAAGGCGCAGGUUUCUUAUGCAGAGACGAGAGGCAAUGGUGAUUCUGUCAUCCCUCCGACAAAAAAGACAAAAUCAGGUUGUGAAGUUGAGUCUGAUGUUAACACAAAGCAAACGGAUGAGAAUAAUACGUCACCGGAACUUGCUGAUAAAGGAAAGGCCAAGGAAAGUGAAAAUUCUGGAAAGAAAGAUAUCUUGUCAUCUAAAACUCAAGAGAGUGAAGGUUGUGAUCGCAGUGGAGAAGACUCAGCUUUGUCGAGCAAGUUGGGUGAAGCUGAAAAUGAACACAAAGCUGAUGAAAAUGAUAAUAAGCUGGAUAUACCUGAUAUAGAAUUUAAUGUGUUUGAAGAUGAACGGAGACCAGAAAAUUUUGCUGUCAAUCAAGUGUGGUCUACCUGUGAUUCUAGAGAUGGUAUGCCACGGAGGUAUGCUCGGGUAAAGAAAGUGCUGGCUUCCGAUUUCAAGCUGCGUGUUACCUUCCUAAAGCCUGUUCAGGAAAAUAAUGAUGAAAGUAUUCCAGUUGCAUGGGGAAAGUUCAGUAAUGGAGAAAAAAAGGAUGUUGAGGACCGCUCCAUUUUUUCAGGUCAGAUGCUUAACUCGGUUUGCAACGGAGUUGUUUCGAUAUAUCCAAGGAAAGGAGAAAUUUGGGCUACGUUCAGGGAUUGGGAUGAGGAAUCGAACACUCCAGAAACUCAUGAAUUGCCAUAUAAGUUUGACUUCGUGGAAAUUGUGAACCAGUUUAAUGAAGAGCUCGGUAUUGGAGUGGCCUAUUUGGGAAAAGUUAAAGGGUUUGUCUCCCUUUUUCAGCGGGAGGCGAAGAAUAAAGUGUGUCAGAUUCAGUUUACUCCAGAACAGAUGCUUCGAUUUUCUCACAAAGUUCCCGCAGUCAAAAUGACUGGAAUGGAGAAAGAAGGUGUUCCGGCUGGCUCAUAUGAACUGGACCCGACUGCACUGCCAAAAGAUAUAUUUCAGGUUGAAGCGGUUAGUAUGGAGAUGGAUAGUGAGACAAUGAAAGGGAAAGCUGAUAGCCUUUGUACUGAAGCGUCUGAGGUUGGAAUGAAGGCCAAUCCUGUUCCAGAGAUCGUUCCAUCUCCAAGAAAACGUCAAAAAUCUGGCGAUGAUGGCGGAUGCAGUAACUGUGAUAAGGUCUGUUCAACAUCUGUGUCCAUUGGGGAAGACGAAGCCAGCAGAACCAAUAAAAAGAGCACACCGAACGGGUCUACAAAGAGUGGGGAGGCGUCUGAUGCCUUCAAGCUGCGAAAAUCUCCUCGUCUUCAAACAACUCCAAGCCAACAAAGGGAGGAGAAGAAAAGUGCUAAACAAGACGAUAAGAUGAAUACCCCAAAGACAACUGAUGAGGGUCUCGUGACAGAUUCUGUGGGAAUAAACAAAUCGUCCAAAGGCAUACAACAACAGGUAGAAAGUCAGGUAGGAGAAGGCUCUAAGAAAAGAGGACGCGAUGGUGAAUCCAAGCAGAAUGAUUUACCAGCUCAGUUGGAUGGUUCUACUAACAAGCCCCCUGAGUCGACUCCUGCGUCAUCAAGUUGCAAAACGCCGCAAAGAAAUGCCUUCGACUUCAAGAACGACAGAUCCGAAGACAAAUUCAAAGUUGGUCAGAUAUGGGCUAUUUACAGCAAUGACAAGGGAGUGCCCACAGAUUACGUGAAGAUCAAGAAAGUGGAAACCAAGCCUGAACUCGUGUUACACGUGGUCCAUAUGGAGCUGUGUUGUCCACUAUCUACCGAACCCGUAACCCACCCCGUGUCAUGUGGGGAGUUCAAGCCGGAAACUGAAAAACCAAAAAUCCUUCCUCUGGCCAGCUUCUCACAUCGGGUCAAACCUUUUGACAGUAAGAAGAAGGUAGUCAAAGUAUACCCAAGGAAAGGUGACAUCUGGGCUCUCCGUAGGAACUGCGAUAACACCGAAGAGCAUGAUAUUGUAGAAGUGGUGGAAGGUUACUGUGAAGGGAAGAACAUAAAGGUGAUGGCUUUGACUAGUACUAAAGGCUUCAGUUCUGUAUACAUAAGGAAGCAUGGGUCGUCACAUGUGUGUUCGUUAGAGAUUCCAAAGGCGGAAAUGAGUAGGUUUUCUCAUCAGAUUCCGGCUGUCAAACAGGAGAAGAGAGCAACGCGGGUAGCUGAAGGAGGAUACUGGGAGCUUGACCCUGCAGCAAUUCCACCUCGGCCCACCAUAGUCAUAGACUGACAAACAGUUCAGCAAGUAUGCAUUCGGUUUCUUAUUAUGUGUAGGAAGUGUUAUUUCAGUAAGUGAAGGUUAACGUUUGGUGAUUGUCAAGAAGAGUAUCAGAUUAUAGUACUGCCUUUUGUUGGUGAGAUAGCUUAUGAGUAAUGACUUGUUUUGCAGACUCUGUUUCUCUGUUAGUAUUGUCUCAUCUCUCUCUGUGCAGCAGAUAAUCUAUCAGUUUAGCAGAAUUAUAAAAGAGUAUAACUUCA